UCGACUCGAACUCUGCGACCCAUUCAGCGAGCCCUCUGCGCCAUGUCCUUCGACUCGCUGGGUCUCGAGCCCUUUCUGUGCCGGGCACUCGACUCCAUGUCGAUCCGCAAGCCAACAGAAGUCCAAGCGGCUUGCAUACCGCCAAUACUCCAAGGCAGGGACUGUAUUGGCUCGGCGCAGACAGGUUCAGGCAAGACCAUCGCAUUCGCCACGCCAAUCUUGCAAGCGCUCGCUGAAGAUCCGUACGGCAUCUUUGCGCUCGUACUGACGCCUACAAGAGAGCUUGCCUUCCAGAUUGCAGACCAGUUCGUGGCUCUGGGCACACCCAUCAACUUGCAGUCCACAGUCGUAGUCGGCGGACUCGACAUGAUGGCUCAGGCGACUGCGCUCCGCUCAAGACCUCACGUCGUCAUCGCUACGCCAGGCCGACUCGUCGACCUCAUGCGCUCGAAUCAGAACGAAUUCAGCUUUGCUCGGCUGCGCUUCCUCGUGCUGGACGAGGCCGACAGGAUGCUCAAUCCGACUUUCGCAGACGAGCUGGGCUACAUACUCGCAGCAUUGCCUAAAGAGCGUCAGACCUUACUGUUCACUGCUACCGUCACAGAUGCUAUCACGGAGCUCCAGCAGAAGACGCCCGAAUCUGGCAAGAAAGAGCCCUUUGUGCACCUUGCGCAAGCAGAACUAGCUACGCCUGAGAAUCUGAGGCAGCUCUACGUCUUCAUUCCGACCACAGUGAGGGACACGUACCUGUAUGCCUUGCUCAAGAAUAUGUCCGCGCUCACAGGUCAGCAUGCGAGGCCACGCAAGCGUGUUCGUGUCGAGCCGAAGAAGCAGCCCCACCGAAAGCACGGAAAGAAGCCGCAACCUGUGCAAGAAAGUGAUGAAGAGGGAGAGCCCCUACCUCAGACCAUUCUCUUUGCUUCUCGAUGUCGACUUGCAGCUCAACUCUCCGUCAUGCUCACCGAACUCGGCAUACCCAAUACCGCCCUGCAUUCGCAUCUCACCCAAAGAGAUCGCCUAGCGUCAUUGAGUCGUUUUCGAGCAUCAGCCGUCCCCUUGCUUGUAGCGACGGAUGUGGGCAGCAGGGGGCUCGAUAUACCCGAAGUCGAUGUCGUCCUCAAUUACGACGUGCCAAGGAAUCCUGACGACUACAUCCAUCGGGUCGGUCGUACAGCUCGUGCAGGACGAGGGGGUGUCAGCGUUUCGUUCGUCACAGAGGGCGAUGUCGACUGUGUCGACGGAGUGGAGCAGCGCACUGGAAUCCGGAUGGCCAAGCUAGAAAUGAACGAAGAGUCUGUUCUGGAGGACCUCAACAAGGUCUCUACCGCGAAAAGGGUAGCCCUACUCCAGCUGAGUGCAGAUAAGUUCGGAGAGCGUCAAGAGAUCAACAAGCGCAAGAACGAGAUCCGCGCCGCAGCUGCUGGUAAAAGCAUGAAGCUUCGCAAGGAAGGUCAACUUCGCAAAGAUGCAUAAGAAAUGCGAUAGAGCCAGAUGCAUAAUAAACAGCUAGUGGACGAGUCUAGAUGGCAGCGCCGCCUGCGCCAGUGUUGGUCGCACCAGCACCUGCGCCAGUCUGGCCAGUGGCGGAGCCUGCGAGGCCUGCGCCGGAAGUUCCAGCACCACCUGCUGCGCCAGCGCCGCCAGCCGCAGUGCCAGCAACACCUGCGGCACCAUCUGCCUUUUGGCCUGCUGCGCCCGAUGCUCCGAGUGAGCCAGCACCGUUCGCGCCAACGCCAGCGGCGCCCUCGAGGUUCUCGCCCGCCGCGCCGGACAUCUGUCCUGCCGA